UGUGCGGAGGGGGCGUGUCCGACGGCUUUGGCUGCUGCAGCCAGAAAGAAGCAGUGAAGGAAACAGUACGGCACUUUGAGGACGCUCUCCUGCCAACAGUUUGUGUUUCUGCUCGUUAAUCGGAUAUUUAAUCCUUGCACGCAGCCGAGCCGAGGUGAAGCGUUUCCUUGGCGCCGCCGUGGAUCUGCGCAGGUGGAGGGUCACAUCACAUGGGAGUGUGCGACUGCGCGCGUGACGGUGUGUGUUUAGGCCUCCUGCUGUCGCUCGCUCGUCCCAGACAGGCAUGGCGGGGGGCAGGGAGCGCAGCGGCUCAAAGACGCAGAGGCCGUGGUCGGUGUACCGAGCCAACACGCUGGAGCUGUCCAAUGAGAUGAUCAGCUUGGCGCUCGCAGGAAAUAGUCAGGACCCAGAUCAACCUGUGCUGGAAUUCAGUGUGGCAUGCACAGACCUGGUGACUCCUUCUCUGGACCGAAAACCCAACACCUUUGUAGCAGUGAGCUGCACGACACCGCCGCAGGCCUUCUGGACCAAACACGCCCAGACUGAAGUCAUAGAGGGCACCAGUAACCCCAGCUUCCUCUGCAGCAUUGCCUUCUUCCAGGACUCCAACAUCAACCAGCUGACGCAGGUCAAACUGGCUGUGUAUGAUGUGAAGGAUCGCUCGCAGGGCACGAUGUACAUGUUGGGCUCAGCACUUUUCCCUGUGAAGGAGAUACUGCAAGAGAAGAGCCACAAAUUACAGCUCGAACUGCGAUCAGCAGAGAACCAGCGGGUAGGGACCAUCACUGUGGCGGCGUGGCAGAUGGAGGAGAGAACAGAUCAGAGGAUGUCGAUGGGACGUCUGCCAGAAAGCAUCAACGGCCGGACAGUGCUGCCCGUCGACGAGAGCCUGACGGAGUCUAUGGGAGUCCGAAUCAAGUACGCCUCGUUCUGCAAAGAUACCCUGCUACGCUCAGCGUUUGGCGGCACGAUGUCGAGGAUGUACCGCUUCCCCACCACUGAUGGGAACCACCUACGAGUGCUGGAGCAGAUGGCCGAGAGCGUCUUGUCUAUAAACAUUCCCAGACAGUUUGUCAAACUGCUGCUGGAGGAGGAUGCAGCCAGGGUUUGCGAGUUGGAGGAGUUGGGAGAGUUGUCCCCCUGCUGGGAGAACCUGCGGCGGCAGAUCGUCUCUCAGUACCAGAACAUAAUACUCGCUUACCAAGAGACACUGUCUGACCUCAGUGAAUACAGAGGUCCAUCAUUCAAAGCCAGUAACCUGAAAGCAGACAAGAAGCUGGAGUUCAUGCCCACUAACCUUCACGUUCAGAGGAUGAGGGUGCAGGAUGAGCUGGGUUUUGAACAGACAUAUGAUGUGGUAACAGUUGGUGCCCCAGCCGCUCACUGCCAGGGUUUUAAGAACGGCGGUCUGAGGAAGCUCAUCCAGAAGUUCGAGGAAGCAAAGAAACACGUAUAUGAGGAGGAAUGUAGCGCCCUCUCCAGCUCUCAGUCCAUCAUCUACAUACCCCAGGACAUUGUCCGAGCCAAAGAGAUCAUCGCCCACAUCAACACGCUGAAGACUCAGGUCGGCUACUACGCCGAGAGGCUGUCUCGGGCUGCCAAAGACCGAUCGGCCAGCGGACUGGAGUGGACGCUCGCCAGUCUGGCUGAUAAGACCCGUCAGCUGGUGACAGUGUGCGACUGCAAGCUGCUAGCUUCAGCUAUUCAGGCCCUGAACGCAGCGCGGCCCGAGUACAUCGCCUCCAAAGCGUCUCCUUCCGCUGAGUCCGAACAAGUAGUGCUCCGCAACGACCAGGACACACUGACCGCAAAGUACAGUGGUCGCAACAGCCGGUCUUCACUGCACGUGGACUGGCACGAAGAGGAGUGGGAGAAGGUGUGGUCAAAUGUGGACAAGUCUCUGGAGUGCAUCAUCCAGCGCGUCGACAAGCUGCUUCAGAAAGAGAGGAGACCCAGCGUCGGCAGUCGGGACAGUACCCAGAGUGACCAGCAGGGUGGCAGCAGUAAGAAAGGCGAGUGGAGCGAGGCGCUGUACCCUCUCCUCACCACGCUCACAGACUGCGUUGCCAUGAUGAGCGACAAAGCCAAGAAGUCUAUGGUCUUCCUGCUCAUGCAGGACACCGCCCCGACGAUAGCCAUGGACGUGUCAUUGCAGUACCGCCGCGACAUUGUCUUCUGCCAAACGCUCACCGCUCUCAUCUGCGGCUUCAUUAUCAAGCUGAGAAACUGUCUCCGUGAUAACGGAUUCCUGCGACAGCUCUACACCAUCGGCCUGCUCGCUCAGUUCGAGUCCCUGCUCAGCACCUACGGAGAGGAGCUCUCCAUGCUGGAGGACAUGAGCAUCGGCAUAAUGGAUCUACGCAACGUCACCUUUAAGGUCACCCAGGCAACCAGCACCUCCGUCCCCGAGUUGCUGCCGAUCAUCACAGGGAACCGGGAUGGCUUCAACGUCCGCAUCCCGCUGCCGGGGCCCAUGUUUGAAGCCCUGCCCCGAGAGAUCCAGAGCGGCAUGCUGCUGCGGGUGCAGCCAGUGCACUUCAACGUGGGCAUCAACGAGCAGCAGACGUUGGCCGAGAAGUUUGGAGACACAUCCCUGCAGGAGAACAUAAACUCUGAGAGUCUCUCCAGACUGAACUCGUACUACGAGCAGUUCAAAGAAGUCCUGCCGGAGGACUGCCUCCCGAGGUCUCGCUCUCAGACGUGCCUUCCUGAACUGCUCAGGUUUCUCCGGCAGAACGUCAGCGCCAGGAAAAACAAGAACGUAGACAUCCUGUGGCAGGCUGCAGAGAUCUGCCGGCGGCUGAACGGCGUUCGUUUCACCAGCUGCAAGAGCGCCAAAGACCGCACAGCCAUGUCGGUCACGCUGGAGCAGUGCCUGAUCCUGCAGCACGAGCACGGCAUGGCUCCGCAGGUCUUCACGCAGGCCCUCGACUGCAUGCGCAGCAUUGGCACGAGGGAGGGGGUGAUCCAGAAGAACCUCAGCGGCUUGCUGCCGGUGCGUGACUUCCGGCUGGACCCCAGCCUCAUGUACUCCCUGCCCCUGCUGGCCCUCAGCCCCAACCUCCUGGUGGUGUGGAUCUUCCUCAGCAUGGCCUACUUCCUGGCCAAACUGCGCUGCAGCUGAGCGAGCAGCUCUACGCUGGAAGUGACCAAAUGUCAAACGUACUGCGAGGGUGGGCGGGGACUCUCCACGCUGACUCCCCAGGGUGUUUCUGAAACUGUGCCACUGACCUGUGAGAGGGGUGUAAUCAGCUCACACACACUGUCCCACCAUGACUAAGGGCUGUAUGCGACUUACGUCCCGCUUAUCAGAAGCCACGCUUUGGGCUUUUUCUUUCUUUUCUAUUGUUUAAACAUCUUUUUCUUUUUUCUAUUAAAAACCUGUCAUAGCUCAGGGGUGUCAAACUCAUCUUAUUCGUGGGCCACUAACCCAAUCCUGUAUGAUCCUAACAGGACCAGAAGGCUAACCUCUUCCCACUCCCCUAAACCUCCAAAUUGUUCUUAAUAUAAUGAAUUGAUCUGAUUUAUAAAUCUGAUAAAUGCUCUGCGAUAUCUUGAACUCCUGAGGCCCUGCGUCAUCAUACAGGGAUAUACGGUAACAUAUUUACUCUUCAUUCUUCUUAAUAAAGUGUUUAUUUAAAAAAAACCCAAAAAAAACAAUGAUUACUUUAUUCUGUUGGGUUGUCAAAGAAAUAGUGGAGUUAAGAUUAGGUUCAGCUAAUCGUAAAUCGCUAAGAGAAAUUAAAAAUGCAUCCCUAACGAGCUCAGGUUUCCGGAGGUUAAGGACAGAAUACAACGAGAAGACGUCCUCAGUCUUGCAGGUCUAGCGACCCCUGCCUGUCAACCACCAAUAGUUAUGGAAAAAUGUGUAUUGCCUGCCAGGCUGCUGGCUAAACUGGUGGCAAAGUGGGUGCUGCACUAACAAAAAAAACACCUUGUGAUUGCAGUGGUUGUAGUAGUUUACAUGUGAGAUCGUGACUUCUCUGCAAACUUGCCAAGAGGUAGCAAAAAAGUCAGAAAACCAGAAACUGAGAAGGUCGCCUUCAAAGUAAAGGUUGGGCCUUUUGAAAUGUUGUGAUGACAUUUUUUUUUGUCUCUAUUUCAAGUUUUACACCUUUCAGUUUCACUGCUGCUUAGUAAGCAGUUGCAGACAAGUUGUCUCACAUGCAAAAUAUGAGUGACUCCUGGCUAUCCAGUAGCAGCUGCAACAGUGACGUUUGUAGCGCAGCACCGUGUACGAUUUUGCAACCAUUUGGCAACCUAUUCAGUAACGCACAUUUUUCCCUAGCAACCUGUGGUUACCAGGGAUUCACCAACUGGUUUCUAGGCCUGUGUGCCUGAGGUCUUAGUGGGCUAGUUCUAUCCCACGUGUUUGACACUCCUGAUAUAUUCAUUGUGUUGCCUACACUUGAGCGUGAGACCACAUGCCAUGUUCACACUAAGCCUGCUGAAUGUGAAGUCUACAUGAUUCCAUUCAUGUGUUUUUUAGGAUCAUAUCCGUCCACGUGUACACGCCGAAAUUACCCAGAUUAUUUCCUUCUCUUCUCUUCUCUUCCCUUUUUUUUUUUUUUUUUUUUUCGUCCAGGAUUAAGAUAGCAGACACUGCUGUUUUAAACUCACGAUUCCCUUGUCACUACAGUCCUAAAAGCUGCCACGUGAUUAAUCCUUUUUUUGGGCUUUUAUGUAAAAUACUAAAUUUUAACCAUUACGAAGUCCUAAAUCUCCAAUUCUGUUUUCUUCACUGAGGUUUAACCAAACAUGCAUUUUUCUAAGACUUUACAGAAACUAAUGCUGCGAUUUUCAGAGUGUUUCUGAAAAAGCUCAGUUUUGUCCACGUGGACGGUAUUUGCCAAAAAGAGGACUUUCAAAAAAAAAAUUCAGCUGGCUCCGUGCGAACAUAUAACACAAAACCAUUAAAAGACAUUAAGAUGUUACCUUUAUUAUCCAAAUCCACUUCCAGUACUGCCUAAUGAGAGUGUAUUACUUCUUUCUUAGUGUAUAGCGCCCUCUGAUGGACAUAUUUUGCUCCUUUGUGAUGGUCAGUGAGUACUCUGCCUUACCCUUCACUGGUGGAAGGUGAAAGUUUAUUGUAAAGAGUGUAUAAUGUGUAUAAGGAUAAGCAGAUGAUAUCUAAACUUUGCUUUCAGGAAAGACCCACAGUAGCAAUCAGAUGAUUAUUUUAUUCAUGAUUUAAGCUCAGCGCAAACAGCUUAUAUCAUCAAUACAUUUUCUGGAACAUUUGGUUUAUCAUUGUCUUCCAUGUGCUUUUGCACUUGCCCUACACGCUAAUGUGGAGGUACCUAAAGCUUUUAUCUCGUGCCAAAAUGAAGCAAGUACGCGCUUGCUUAGAUAUAUAUUUUUAAGGCAGCAUUUGCUUGAUUUUGUUUCUUUUGGUCUUCCUGCUUCUAUAUAGACGGUGGAAGCAUUUUCCUGCUUCUGCCUGAGCUUUUGCACUUUCCAGCAGAUCCGGGUCUGUCUCUGUCUUUGUUUAGAUCCAGCCUAUUGAAAUGUUUGUGUGAGGCAGUGUUAGUGUUAGGAAUCACCUGAUAGCCCUGUUUAAUCAGAAAAAAUGAACUGAACCCAUUAACUGACCGUUUACUUGAUGGAUAUUAAACACGUGUCUCUUGUGCUGCUGAUAUGAAAACUCUGCUUGCUCACAUUCAUUUAGCCUAAAGUUUAAAUACCUCACAAACAAAAAGCCUCGUGAAAUGUGUGACCCAUUUUAAAAGAGGAGUUCACUGAGCAGCAGGAAUACUGCUCCAAACUGUGUCGACUAAAUGCAUAUUGGCACAAGUACAAGCAGACAAAUAAUUAUUUCGAACUCCUAGCACACCCACAAACAUAAAAAUAAAAUCAUAAAAGCUGAAAUAUCGUUGCUAGUAGACGGAACAAUCUGACAGUCUUAUAUGGAGUGUAGAGUGUGCCAAAAUAAGUAAAGUCAAUGUGAAAGCUGUUAUUUGUGUUCAAACCAGCGUUAAAAAAUAGAUGUGGAAAGAAAUAUUUAGUUAACUGGAAUAAAAUGAACAACUAGACUUUUGAAAAAGAAAAUGACUUAAAAUGAUGCAACCACAUAGCUGCCUUAAUAUAAAUAAAAAUACACUGGAAAUGUCUUUGUAGUUAAUUUGGUCUUAAUUUAAGUCUACAUAUGAUAAAUGUCUGCUGUAAAAGUUAGCAAAAUAAAAAUGACUACAACUAAUGUAAACUAAAAACUUUGUGUUUCUCUUUAAUUAAUUCCUUAUUCAAAUUAAAGCUGCACUGCUUAGUAGAUUGAAUGUCAAAAUGCUCAUUUAGUGAUUAAAUAGGCUUCCCGUUGUUUUCAUUAACUAAUGAAUUAUUUAUUCCAUCUGUCAUCAAACUAACGGUCACGGCACAUUUUAAAAUUUGUAAUCUGGCCUACCCAGAUAUGAAUCAUAUCUCAGGUCAUUGCACAUGAAUGUAGGUAUGUUCAGGCCUAUACUUUAGUGGCACAAUUUACUGUCUUUGAGUCCAGUGUUUUGUAUUUGCAAUGCACAACUUUACUGUUUCACUUUUCUCCUGCUGCUCUUUAGCUGUUUCCCCCAUGAGCUGGUGAAGACCAAAAAUGGAGCAAAAACUUUGAUUUAUCAGGUAGUCACAGUAUUAGCUCCUCAUGCUAGUAAUAUUUAUUAAAAGAAUCACAUAUUUAACUAAAAACAACCUUUUAAAUUGUACCCUUUUGAUCAGUUAAAAUUCAAGUCAGACUACACAGCAAUAAUAUGACCCACGAUUAACCAGCAUACUUUUAAUUAUCUUUUAUUGUCUUGUCCUGUAGCCUGGAUUUGCUCACUAUCAUUAAAGUGACCCUCUCAAGUUUAAAGUUUAGAUAUGAGUGGCUGUUUUUUUUCAUUCUUUUAUCUCUUCAUAGCGUCAGGUUUUUCCAGUCUGAGUAUUAUUUAUGGGUUCAGUUCAUUUAUAAGACGCCGUCACAUCCUGGCUUUCACCUGCCCAGAGGCUGAGACUGGCCAGCGAUGGCACUCUUCAGACACUUUAAUUGGUCCCAGUGUGCCAAAAUAGAUGCAGUAAGUCAGCGAUUCGACCCACAUCUGCUCUGCAGCUUUCAGGACAAUGCGGCCGAGAUCAGCUCUGUCUCGCCGACUGACAGAGCUGAUCUCUGCAUACUUCAGGAUGCAGCUUGUAACUGGAAUGUAUGAUUGUAGGAUAUUCAGGGGAAAUGUGUUUGCAUUGCUGCAGCUUGUGAACCCUUUAGAGCAUUUAUCUGUACCAGCCGAUAUGUUUUCAUAAGCUUUAUAGUGACGGUAGAGUGUUUGAUGAAUAAUGUGAGGUGUUAAGAUGCAAAGAGUUUAGGCUAUUAAAGAUGGGAUGUCUGCAUUCAUUGUGGCUUAUGCAUCCUAGAAACAACGGAACAAUACACAAUGCAGUGUGUGUCCCUCUUGUUUCAGGCAUUCUUGUGUCAAAUAUAAAGAUCCCAGUGUGAUGAUUUCUGUUAGCUGAUUAACUGUUGUUUCUAGUCUUACCUUGCCAACAGUCCAGAACCCAAAGAUAAUUUGCUUACAAACAUAUUUUUAAAAUAGAUAGCAAAUUUACCAUUAAAAAGGCAAAUAUUUGGCAUUCAUGCUUAAUAAAUGGCUAAAAUAAUAAAAAUACAUGCUGACUAAUUAAUCCACUGGAUCAUCAGUUAAUCAACUUCGUGAUUUUAUCUAACUUUAUGCACUUUUCAUAGAGCUUCCUAUAAGAAAGUUGUUUUGAUGUUUGAUAUGCCCACUGUUAAUUAUAUAAUUGUAUUAUUAUGAAGAGUCUUAUUUCCCAGUUACUAACUCCAUGGCUUCCAUGGUAUUUUGGUUAUAUUGAGAAUAAACGGGUAGUAAACGGGACCUACUUUGCUUUUUUCUUAUUUAGUUUUAAAUAUAUAUAGCCCCUUUUCCAUUAGUACCUACUCGUGUCGUCUCGCUACAAUUUACUGGGUUUUACAUUAGGUGGUAGUACCUGGUACCAGGUACCUACUCGCUCAGGAUUCCAAGCGAUCCUGGGCGAUCUAAAAAUGUGACAUCAACAGACUGCAUGCCACCGAUUGGCUCGUCAGUGGCGUCAGUCAUUAGAGCAUCUCCCUCAGGAAAAUCAAAACUGCCACUUUUAAAACCCGGCAACGAGGAAAAUGGCUUCAAAAAGCAACGCUGUGGUCCCAGAGUCUGGAAAAAAGCCACAGACAAAGCAGGAGGUAUAUCAUUGCCUCGAUGUCCACCUUUGUGGUUCUUAUCCUGUGAAGAUUGCUAUAUAAAUAAAUAAAGUAGGUGGUACUCGAUUGUAAUGGGGAAAAAAAUGAUUUGAGGCAAGUCGUGCUGUGUUGAGCCGAGAUGAACCGAAUAGGUACUAAUGGAAAAAGGGCUUAUGUGACAGGAAAUUCAUAUUAAAUGGAAUUCUUAUUAAAAACUUUCACACAGGAGAGAACAGUUGCCUGGUAACCACAGUUCACUAGGGAAAAAUUAGGGUUCCCCAACUAAUUGCGAGUGCUUGUCGGCAGUGGAAAUUGAUUGCUAACCCUGUUCAUGCAGUCAUACUGAUGGCCAGUUACCCCCUAAUUGGAAGGGGAAAGGGUGUAAUCUGUAACCAGUUGGUGAUUGGUUGCUGGGGGUUGCUUCUUGUUGCUAGGUUGUAAAGUAUAUGGGGCUCUACCGAAAACCUCCUUGUCAUUGCUUUGUAUCUGAGCAGAUUGCAACAUUUCAUGUUUCAUUGAAACCAGAAACCAGAAAAAUUUUCCUUCAAAGUAAAAGUUGUUGGUUUCAGUUUUAAAACUAAAGUUGCACUAGGGAUAAGGUUACAGAGUGCAGCACAACCAAAAUUAUGACAACUGUGGGCAUUGAACUUGCAGUGGCUAGUUGAAGACUGGGAAGCUACAUCCAGAUGAACAGAGUCAACUGUCUGGGCUUAUCUUACCUGGAUGACUGAAUGUGGAAGGACAGACCAAAGCAAUCGCAGAGAGGAUUUUGUUGCAGCGCCCUCUCUGCAACCGACUUCACGCAAUGAUAGCCAGCAACCUCAUCAAAUAUGUCAAGAAAUAGAUGAUUUCCCCUUGAAACCUGUCAGGGGUUGCUGACCAGUCUCUAGGCCUGUGUGACUGUGGCCUUAAAGAGAAAAUUAGGAACAGAAGAUGAACUGAGGGUUGCAUGAGGCACCUCUGUAAAAUAUUAAGUAUAUCUGAACUGUGAGCCAUCCAUAGCUACUGUAAUACGGUGCCCCAAUAAAAUCAUAGAGCUGGAAACAAGCAUAGUAGGUCCUCUUUAACAAUGUAUGUGGAAAGUGUGUUAGAAACCAGAAGCACUUAGAUUGUUUUACAUAUUGGAAAUCUGUAAUGUAAAAAUCAAUAUCUUUGCUUGUAAAACUAACCAUCAGCAUCGGUCGCCUCCCUAGAGUUCAGAGGCUCUGCCUCAUUAAGAUCGACCCAGUAUGGAAAUGGAUCAGACUGAAAUAGCUUCCUCUGGGGAGCUUACCCGUGCUGAUGACCUCUAAACAGUCACAUACUACAGUAAAAUGAUCCUUCCUGUAUGCUUUCUUUUGGAUCCUGAAAAUAUUGAACAUCUUUCAGACUGCUUUGAGAAAUGUUUUGUGUCACAGGAAAUGCAGUAUAUGUGCAGUAAUUUCAGUAAAAUAUCAGUCUUGUGCUUUAUAUUAAAAGAAUAGUAUUAAAUGUGGGGAUUUACUUCCUGGAAGGUUAGUGAGAUGAUUGGUACCAUUUUUAAUAAAGCAGCUAGUUAGCUUAAUUUAGCUAAUCUUAUAAAACUAAAAGUUGUUUUUAUUCUUUAAAUAUUUAACAAUCUUACAUUGUUAAUGUAAUUACAGUUGGGAUGCUGUGUAAAAUGUGAAUAUAGACAAAUUACAAUGAUUUGUAAAUCUCACACUGAUAUUUUAUUCACAGUACAACAGAGAAAACAUACAAAGUUUAAACUGAGAAAUGUUUGAGAAAAAUAUUCGCUUAAAUUGAAUUUGAUGGCAGCAACAUGACACAGUGCAGUGUUUACUCUGUGCAGCAUCCCCUCUGCUUUAGCAGCCUAUAAAUAUCUACGAACUGAGGAGACUAACUGUUAGACUUUUGGGAGAGUUCAUAUUUACUUCUGAGAAACAAUGCCCGUCUAUAAUGGUACAUUUUUGUCAGUUUAAACAUAUUUUUCAUAUGUAAAGAAAAUGGGAGUUUAUGAAAUUCGUAAGUCAUCGUAUGUCUUUAUUUACAUUUUAUGUUGUGUCCUAACUUUUUUGCUCAUAAAUGGAAUGGCCUUAAGUCCUUAAAACUGCUGGUUGGUGGAUUUUGUUUCUUUUGAACUCAGCCUGGCUAGCAUUUUAUUCCUUCUUACCCGUGUUGUCUGGUAGCUGUAAGCUAGCUUAAUGUUUUCCAGUAAGACUAAAAAUAAAGCUGAGUAAAAAGCCAGGCUUUGUGAAAAGCUACAAAAGGUAUUUUGAAAAUCCACCAGCACCCUUAAAGCUCUUUUUUUUAAAAAUCUUUAAUUAAUAUAAAAGAUGUUUUUUUAUAAACAAUAUAGCUAACUGAAGCUAACUAGCUGCUGGCGGUAGCUUAGCAUGCUAAUGUGAGUGUGGAGUCGACUUUUGUUUUAGCUCAAAUCUAGUAACAAUGCAACUACAAAUUGUCUCAAUUUAAGUGAUUAUACGCUGCUUUUGAGGUUUUUAGCAUUAGUUUUAAGGUUAUUGCUUUCUUAUCAUCUGUUAAACUACCUCUGUGAGCUUAGCAUUUAUUCAAAAAUAAAAUAAUAUCAAAACUUAUCAUCACUGAGCAGUAGGAAUGUAAGUAUUAUUGGGAAACGGUAAAAAGUUGUGGAAGUUUGAUCAAGACUAAAUGCCAGUGAGGGAUAAUGGUUUCAGAUACUUUGAACAUUAAAUCCCACUAUACCUGCAGGUGUAAUUACCCUAAAGUGCUUCCUACAAAAAUAAAUCUGUUAUAUUAUCCACCUGAAGAGAAAACAUCAGUUUGCCUUUUCCUUUGCUUUAUUUAUUUAUUUAUGUAUUUAUUUAUUUUUAGGAAAUCAGAUAUAUCAGAGAAUAUAUUUGUACUGCUGUAGAUAAACUGUAUUUAAAUGCCUGUAUUGCCAAAAUGCUUUAUUUAUCAUAUUGUUGUCUGCUAUAUGUAUACAUAUAUAUAGUCUGAGGUUAUUCCAAAGUAGAGUGUGUAUAUACUGAUUAUCAUAAUGCUUGUGCCAUAACUGUCACGCUGUCAUUACUCUUGGUCACAGCUGAACAUGACUGUUGUUGAGUUCCCUGUGAUAUGCAUAUUUAUAUGUAUUUUGUUGUGUUGUGACUGUUAGCUGUGGAUUUGAUUGCUUCUCUGUUUGCAGGUGUUUUCAAACCUCGUUUUGAAGGACUUGCACGGGUUUUGUGGCUCUCUUGUUGUUUAAGUUAGCAAACAGCAGAAAAUCAUGGUUCCAGAGUUUCUGUUCUUCUUCACCUCCAAAGGCUUUUAAUCUCGCAGAGUAUCGCAAACCCCAGAAAACCUCCCCUUUUCCUGCUCAAAUAAAUGCUUCCUGCAUCCACCUGCA